AAAGCUUGCUUUUUAAAAACAAUUUAUUUCCAAAUUAAUACAAACAAUACAGAUUUAACUUGUAACCGAACCUAUGACUUAUGACUCUUAGACCGUAUAUCUAAGGCUCAAUUCUUAUGACUUCUGACCAAACAUCUAAUGAUUGAAUAUUCACUGCCAGUUAAUAUUUCAAACAUUUUGUCAACGCCCAUAAAUUCCGCACUUUAACAUUAUCCAGUCGCACUGGUGGACCUAUAUUUAUAGUACCGUUUCUCCUCGAACCACUCACAGACUAGCGCCCUUAAAGACAGAUUUGCUCUUGUGAUAAAUACGAUAUAUCUAUUGGCUUCGUGUGCGUAAAUCAAAUUAAUGAUUACCUAACUGAAAAAAAUGUUCAAAUACUUAUGAAAGUAUCUACGUCAAGAUAAUAGUUGACACAAUCUAUAAUCUAAUCUUUAAACAGUCGAGAUAUGCAGACAAAACACAGAUUUAUCUAAAUAACAUUUUUUGUGCGUUCAGUUCGCUUUGUAAACGAUUUAAAGAGAUAUCCGUUCCUUAAAAUUCGAUCAAUAGUUCGGAUUUUAACCCGUAUAAACGAUUUAUUGAAAAAAUGGAUCUAAAGACCGCUGAAACCACUGGUUGCAAUUGUAAUUGUUCUUUAGGAGUAUUACGGGGAACAUCUACUCAUAUUGGUGCCUCACUGAUCAUAGAAUGUGUCAUAAUCGGAGUACUUUUAAUUUUGAUAGGGUGCGUGGUAUAUUUAUUUUAUUGGGGAAGCAAACUAGCAAAACUAGUAAAAGCGUUAGACCCUGUGGGCACAUACAAAAGAGUUGGCCCUUCUAUUUACGUAAAAAAACCUCAACGUGACAAUGCCUCAAUCAGCUCCAGUUUCCAACAUUUUAGUGGUAGCCCAGUGGUAGAAGAAAGCUACGCUAAUGAUAGCACAUUAAAUGCAAAUAGAACCAAAGAUACAGGCGGCACAUUAGAUAGAAAUUUCUUCACGUCCACAAAUUUUAGCUUCCAAAAUUCUUUGAGUAAUUGGAAUGAUAGAGAAGAAAAAAACUCAACUUCUACAAACUCCAAAAGAAGAACCACCGAAGAAGACGCAAUGGAAGCUAUUACCAAAAUAGACAACGUUUUAUAUUGAGACAAUUCAAAAAUGUAUUUUAAUAUUUUAAUAAAAAUUGAACGAGUA